AUGACGUCGGAACCCACCCGCCCCAGCACCACGCAUCUUCGAGCUUCACAUUCAUUCCAGGCCAGGCCGGCACAGCUUUGCUCAUCGACGGUCGCUACCAUGGCGCCCUCAAAGCCAGCUUCGCCGCCGACGAACAAACGGAAGAUCGACGCCCCGAUCUCCCCUCCGCCGGUGAAGAGGACGGCACAGAGCAGCAUCUCCAAGAGCGCCGUCAGCAGCUUCUUCACACCCACGUCGCAGAAGCCCAAGGAGCGCACCCAGUGGUCCGAGCGGGCCGCCGACGAUGACACGCCCGCGACUCUGCUCGUUGGCCGCUACGAGCCCGAGAAGCUGGGCGAGUCCGACCGCAGGAAACGCAGGAAGAUUGCCGCCUUCGAUCUGGACUCGACCCUGAUCACCACGGCAUCAGGUAAGAAGCACGGCGAUGACCCUGGCGACUGGAAAUGGUGGGACUCGAAAGUCCCGGCUAGGCUGCGGCAGCUAUACAAGGAUGAGGACUACCAGGUGGUGAUCUUGAGCAACCAGGCUGGCCUCGCUCUACGCCCCGACCCCAACUCGAAAGGGCCGAAGAACUUGGGCAGGGAUCGAGUCACAAAAUUCAAACAGAAAUGCAGUGCCGUCUUGACGCAGCUCGAUCUGCCCACUACGCUCUACGCUGCUACAGGGAAGGACAUCUUCCGGAAACCCAGGACGGGGAUGUGGAAGGAGGUCUGCGAGGACUAUGACAUACCGCAGGACGAGGUCGACUUGGAAAACAGCAUCUUCAUAGGCGAUGCAGGCGGGCGGACUGCCCAGCUCAAGACGGGCAGCACGUCAGCCGUGGCCAAGGACUUCAGCUGCUCGGACCGCAACUUCGCGCAUAACGUGGGAGUCCCUUAUAAGACCCCCGAGGAGUACUUCCUGGGUGCCAAGUCCCGCGACUUCAGCCGCGACUUCGACCUGGCGAUCUACCCCUAUCCCGAGACGGCCGACGGCGCCGACGUCGUGUUCGAGAAGAAGCACGACCAGGACGUGGUGCUGUUCGUCGGGCCGCCGGGCGCCGGGAAGAGCACCUUCUACUGGAAGCACCUGAAGCCGCUGGGGUACGAGCGCAUCAACCAGGACACGCUCAAGAGCCGGGCGCGGUGCUUCAAGGCGGCGGGGGAGGCUCUGGCGUCGGGCGCGUCGGUCGCCGUCGACAACACAAACCCGGACGCCGACGGGCGCGCCGAGUGGGUGGCGCUCGCGCGCAAGCACCAGGUGCCGGUGCGGUGCGUGUGGUUCCGGACGCCGCUCGGGCUGUGCGAGCACAACGACGUCGUGCGCGCGCUCAACCGCCCGCUCAACCCCGAGGCCCGCACCGCCCUGCCCAAGCUGGCCUUCAACGGCUUCGCCGCCCGCUUCAAGGAGCCCAAGGCCAAGGAGGGCUUCGAGGACGUGGUCGAGGUCGAGUUCAGGUUCCGGGGCUCCAAGGACGAGUACGCCAUCUGGGGCCGUUACUGGACGUAG